AUGAAGGGCGUUACAGGCAAAAAUCUUAUCGUAAAAUGCGAAAUUCGUGGUAAGAAGUAUGGAUGUAAAUAUGAAUGGGAAGACUUCCAAGGAUACGGAAGACAAGGGCCUAAUUAUGAAUAUGCAGGACCGGCUUCUAAACCUAGGAUUACGCCAUAUUACGGAAAAGGCAGUGAUGACGGGUCCGAGGGAAAUUACGGUUCGGGAUACGACCUCCUAGGCGGACUCGGGGACAUGAUGGGUUACAUGACUGGCGAUGGACCUGGCUACAAUUCUGACCCUAGAUAUGGGUCUGGAGAUGGUUAUGAAAACCUGGACAAUGGCGGGUUCUAUUCGCGCAAUGGAAUGUCGAAUUAUGGUCCAGAGCAAAGCUUUAUUCCAAAUACCGGACCUGGCUAUCAAGUUGACGACGGACCGAAAUAUGGAUCCGGCUCUGGUACCAGGUGGACAACAUUUAGCGGGGAUGGCAGUUUUGUUGAGAGAGAUAGAGAAAGCAAACGUCAAAUCAGGUUUAUCGAAGACAUGUUCAAUGGAAAAUAUGUAAUGAUCACUGACUACGAUAAUUUUAUGAUUAUGUUGAUGCAAGAAAACGUUCGUAACAAAAUUGUAGUGUAUUCAAGAGACUCACACGUGUCAUCAGAGCAGUUUAAAAGAUUGAUGGAUACUUUAUCUGAUAUCGUGAAGAUGGAUGAGCUUGCGAUGGCAUCUUUCUGAAUGUGCUGAUUUCGAGGAUGGUUACGACCCUACCGGGAGCAACCGCCAAAAUAGAUGUUGUUAUAAGCAGUAGAUGCAUCCCUAUCCAUUUAUGUAUUGUGCAAUGUAUCCAGACAAGAUAUGUGUAAUUUGUGCCAAAACGUUUGAAAUAUCCACAUACAUAAAUGUAAAUCUGAUUAUAUUUCUGCUGUUGAAAUGAUGCAAGUUAAUUUUUAUGUUUAAGGAUAUUAAUUUGUAAUAUGUACUGCCUGCUUAAUUAUUUAUCUCCCAUUCUCACUUCUUUAUAUACUUAUACUUGAUGCUCUAUAGGUUAUCAAACACCUAUCUACUUCGUAAUCAUGAUUAUGAAUUUUAAUUUGAACUUUGAGGCAGUAAACGUAAAUCACAAAUGUAAAAUAAAUCAGGAAUUGUAAACAAAUAAUGUCGAAACAUGUGAUUACUAAAAAUGUAAAGCUGGUUUUGCUAUGUUUGUUCAUCUUCUCUGAUGUACCUUUUUUCAAUUUUAGUUUAGGACAAGAACAAUGAGAAUCUUUAAUCAUAUUUAGAAAAGAUAAAUGUAUUGUAGAACAUGAUCUUGACAUG